AUGGCUGGCGAAUCCUCAAAGUCAGCAGCGCAGAAGGCUGGUGCAGCUGCAGACGGUCCUCCCGGAUAUGAAUUACCAUGGGUUGAGAAAUAUCGACCUCGAUUCUUGGAUGAAAUCGUCGGAAAUACAGAGACGGUCGAACGGUUAAAAAUCAUUGCUAAGGAUGGGAAUAUGCCCCAUGUUAUAAUCAGUGGCAUCGACGUCGUCCGUAACAGAAUCAAGGGAUUCGCCCAGAAGAAAGUCACCUUACCCCCCGGCAGACAGAAGAUCGUAAUCCUCGAUGAAGCGGACAGCAUGACAUCGGGUGCCCAACAAGCCUUACGUAGAACAAUGGAAAUAUACUCUUCGACCACCCGUUUCGCAUUCGCCUGCAAUCAAUCCAACAAGAUCAUUGAACCCUUACAAUCCCGUUGCGCCAUCCUUCGAUACGCCAGAUUAACCGACCAACAGUUGUUGAAGCGAUUGAUGGAGAUAUGUGCGGCCGAGGAUGUAAAAUAUAGCGACGAGGGACUUGCGGCAUUGAUAUUCAGUGCGGAGGGGGAUAUGAGACAGGCGGUGAAUAAUCUACAGAGUACGGUAGCUGGCUUUGGAUUUGUGAAUGGGGAUAAUGUAUUCAAGGUGGUGGAUUCGCCGCAUCCUGUUGCCGUCCAGGCUAUGAUUAAGGCGUGCUACGAGGGAAAGAUUGAUCAGGCGUUGGAGACACUACGGGAGCUAUGGGACAAGGGAUAUUCUGCAGUUGACUUAAUAAGCACUAUGUUCCGCGUUACGAAGACGAUUGACACUUUGAGUGAACAUUCGAAGCUAGAAUUUAUCAAAGAAAUCGGCUUCACACACAUGCGGAUAUUGGAGGGCGUCGGAACGCACUUACAACUCCAAGGCUGCAUCGCCCGUCUGUGUCGGAUUAACAUGAAAAAGCCGUAA